UAUGUUUAUGUUACCCGAAAAAAAUGAUUUAAGUCAUAGUAUAGAAUAAUAAUACGAUAUGUACCUAUAACCCGACAGUGAAUUAGCACUUUUUUUAAAAAUAGUGUUUCUGAGGAUUAUCGUUUUUUCGUUGUUCGUACACGAAUAUUAACUUGUGAAUAUUUAUUGGUAUACACCGUUUCGUAAACGACUAUUAAAAAUGAGUAUUAUGGAUUAUAAUGGUGGUGCUUUAAUUGGCAUGAAAGGCAAAGAUUGCGUUGCUAUUGCUACUGACAAACGAUUUGGUAUUCAAGCUCAAACAGUGUCCCUCGAUUUCACUAAAGUAUAUAAAAUAAACGCUCAUACAUUUAUGGGAUUCCCUGGUCUAGCUACUGAUAUAUUUACUGUAUAUGAAAAAAUCAUGUUUAGAAAAAGGUUAUACGAAUUAAAAGAAAAUCGUAAAAUAUCUCCUAAGGCUCUAGCAUCACUAGUUUCCAACUUGUUGUACGAAAGCAGGUUUUCACCAUUUUUUGUUGAACCAAUGAUUGUUGCUUUAGAUGAAGAAACAUUGGAACCAUAUAUGUGCGACAUGGAUUUAAUUGGUUGUGUUAAUAAAUCUGACAACUUUGUGGUUGGAGGUACUAGUUCAAGUCAGUUGUAUGGUCUCUGUGAGGCACUUUGGGAACCUGACAUGGAAGAAGACCAGUUGUUUGAAACAAUUUCACAAGCUUUAAUUAGUGCAUGCAAUCGUGAUGCUAUUUCUGGUUGGGGUGGAAAGGUGUAUAUUAUUAAAAAAGACAAGGUAAUUGUACGCGAUAUCAAAAUGAGAAUGGAUUAGAUGUCAACCACAGUCAUUUGAAUUCCAUGUAAACAGAAAAUUAAUGUUUUUUUUCAUAUAUAAUAUAUAAUACAAUUGUUUUUUUAUAUA